GGCGGGCGGACGGCGGGAGGGGGCGCAGGGCGCGUGGUGGCAGCCAAGCCAGCGCCGCCCUGCCCGCCCGGCGCGCAGUGGGACACAUGGGGCGCUGCGAGCCGGGAUCGCGCGUGGGCCUCGUGCCCAGCUGCCUGCCGCGGUGAGGAGCCGCCGGGAGGAUGACCAUGGCCGGCGGCCGGAGGGGACUGGUGGCCCCGCAGAACACGUUUCUGGAGAAUAUUGUCCGGAGGUCCAAUGAUACAAAUUUUGUGUUGGGAAAUGCCCAGAUAGUGGACUGGCCUAUCGUGUACAGCAAUGAUGGAUUUUGCAAGCUGUCUGGCUACCACAGGGCAGAAGUGAUGCAAAAAAGCAGUACCUGCAGUUUUAUGUAUGGGGAGCUGACCGAUAAAGACACAGUUGAAAAGGUGCGGCAAACAUUUGAGAACUAUGAGAUGAAUUCCUUUGAAAUUUUGAUGUACAAGAAAAACAGGACACCUGUGUGGUUUUUUGUGAAAAUUGCUCCAAUUCGAAAUGAACAGGAUAAAGUGGUUUUAUUUCUCUGCACUUUCAGUGACAUAACUGCUUUCAAACAGCCAAUUGAAGAUGAUUCAUGUAAAGGCUGGGGAAAGUUUGCUCGACUGACUAGAGCACUGACAAGCAGCAGAGGUGUCCUGCAGCAGCUGGCUCCCAGCGUGCAGAAGGGUGAGAAUGUCCAUAAGCACUCCCGCCUGGCAGAGGUCCUGCAGCUGGGCUCAGACAUCCUUCCCCAGUACAAGCAAGAGGCACCAAAGACUCCCCCUCACAUCAUCUUACACUAUUGUGUUUUUAAGACCACGUGGGAUUGGAUCAUCUUGAUCUUGACUUUCUACACAGCCAUCUUGGUUCCUUACAAUGUCUCCUUUAAAACCAGGCAGAACAAUGUGGCCUGGCUGGUUGUGGAUAGCAUCGUGGAUGUCAUCUUUUUGGUGGACAUUGUGCUGAAUUUUCAUACAACCUUUGUUGGACCAGCGGGGGAGGUGAUUUCUGAUCCCAAACUUAUCCGCAUGAACUACUUGAAGACAUGGUUUGUGAUUGACCUUCUGUCCUGUUUGCCAUAUGAUGUCAUCAACGCUUUUGAGAACGUGGACGAGGUUAGUGCCUUUAUGGGUGAUCCAGGGAAGAUUGGUUUUGCUGAUCAGAUUCCACCACCACUGGAGGGGAGAGAGAGUCAGGGCAUCAGCAGCCUGUUCAGCUCUUUGAAGGUUGUCCGUCUGCUCCGUCUCGGAAGAGUGGCCCGUAAACUGGACCACUACAUUGAAUAUGGAGCUGCCGUGCUGGUCCUGCUGGUCUGUGUGUUCGGGCUGGCUGCACACUGGAUGGCCUGCAUCUGGUACAGCAUUGGGGACUAUGAGAUUUUCGAUGAGGACACCAAGACGAUCCGCAACAACAGCUGGCUGUACCAGCUGGCGAUGGACAUUGGCACACCUUACCAGUUUAAUGGGUCUGGCUCAGGAAAGUGGGAAGGUGGUCCCAGCAAGAACUCUGUCUACAUCUCAUCGUUGUAUUUUACCAUGACCAGCCUCACCAGCGUAGGCUUUGGGAACAUUGCUCCAUCCACAGACAUUGAGAAGAUUUUUGCAGUAGCUAUCAUGAUGAUUGGCUCACUUCUGUAUGCCACCAUCUUUGGGAAUGUGACAACCAUUUUCCAACAGAUGUACGCCAACACCAACAGGUACCAUGAGAUGCUCAACAGCGUUCGGGACUUUCUAAAGCUCUACCAGGUACCCAAAGGCCUGAGUGAGCGAGUCAUGGACUACAUUGUGUCCACUUGGUCUAUGUCCAGAGGCAUCGACACUGAGAAGGUUCUACAGAUCUGUCCCAAGGACAUGAGAGCUGACAUCUGCGUGCACCUGAACCGCAAGGUGUUCAAGGAGCACCCAGCCUUCCGGCUGGCCAGUGAUGGCUGCCUGCGGGCCCUGGCGAUGGAGUUCCAGACUGUACAUUGUGCCCCAGGGGAUCUCAUCUACCAUGCAGGAGAGAGUGUCGACAGCCUCUGCUUCGUGGUCUCGGGCUCCCUGGAGGUAAUCCAGGAUGAUGAGGUAGUGGCCAUCCUAGGAAAAGGUGAUGUGUUUGGAGAUGUGUUCUGGAAGGAAGCCACCCUUGCCCAGUCCUGUGCCAACGUUAGGGCCUUGACCUACUGUGACUUGCAUGUGAUCAAACGGGAUGCACUGCAGAAAGUUCUGGAAUUCUACACUGCCUUCUCUCACUCCUUCUCCCGAAACCUGAUUCUCACCUACAACUUGAGGAAGAGGAUUGUGUUCCGGAAGAUCAGCGAUGUGAAGCGGGAAGAGGAAGAGCGCAUGAAACGGAAGAAUGAGGCACCCCUGAUCUUACCUCCUGACCACCCGGUCAGACGACUCUUCCAGAGGUUCCGGCAGCAAAAGGAGGCCAGGCUAGCAGCGGAGAGGGGUGGCCGGGACCUGGAUGACCUGGAUGUGGAGAAAGGCAGCGUCCUUCCGGAGCACAGUGCCAACAACCAUAGCCUCGGGAAGGCCAGCGUGGUCACAGUCCGGGAGAGCCCUGCCACACCUGUGUCUUUUCAGGCGGCCUCUGCCUCCACAGUGUCGGAUCAUGCCAAGCUGCAUGCACCUGGAUCUGAGUGCCUGGGCCCGAAGGGUGCUGGUGGAGACUGUGCCAAGCGUAAAGGUUGGGCCCGCUUCAAGGAUGCUUGUGGGAAGGGCGAGGACUGGAACAAGGUUUCCAAGGCCGAGUCCAUGGAGACACUGCCAGAGAGGACCAAGGCUGCAGGCGAGGCUACACUGAAGAAGACAGACUCCUGCGACAGUGGCAUCACCAAGAGCGACCUGCGACUGGACAACGUUGGGGAGGCCAGGAGUCCCCAGGACCGGAGCCCCAUCUUGGCGGAGGUGAAGCAUUCUUUUUACCCCAUCCCAGAGCAGACGCUACAGGCCACAGUCCUGGAGGUGAAGCACGAGCUGAAGGAGGACAUCAAAGCCCUGAAUGCCAAGAUGGCCAGCAUUGAGAACCAGCUCUCAGAGAUACUCAGGAUAUUGACUGCCAGGAGAUCGUCCCAGUCUCCACAGGAGCUGUUUGAAAUAUCAGGGCCCCAGUCCCCAGAAUCAGAGAGAGACAUUUUUGGAGCCAGUUGAAAAGUUUGUUUUAAAAAGUCAAGGAGAGUGCAUCCUGCCCCUGACACUACCCGCACAUAGGCCCUCACUACAGUCCUGUGGAGUGCAGCUUUUCCAGCAGAAAUCAGAGCAACCACUUUCAGGAGGAAGGUGGGGGAGGUGCCACGCCACCUGCCAGACUGCACCUGUGUGUCUGAGCUGCCUCUGCACGGUUCUGUAGGAAGGGCUUGCUGUCCAAAGGGUGUUUCCUUCAUUUUAAAUUUUGUAUUACCACAGUAUUUAUAAAAGGUUAAAACUGCCAGGAAGAGCAGCAGCUGUCUGGGACCAGCAGGAGUGUGCCAAGCACUCCUCAUGUAUAUAUCUGCUGGGCUUCUUGCUGAGGCCCCCCAAGACCCCCGUGGGCAUAGAGACUCCCCAGCAUCCCUCGCCCUUGUACAGCUCACCUUGGUUUCACCAUCUACUUCUACACAGUUGCCACAAGGGAACCUUGAGGUGUGGAGAGUAGAGAGCCCUUCACCUUCUUGUCGCUGGUAGUGAAAGCCAGACAGCAGCUGCUGCAUGCCUCCCACCCCAGCUGUGCAUAGCUGGAAUGCUCAGGUCUCUGCCCAGAAGCAAGGCCGGGGUGGGGGGGCCCUUGGCCCCAGGAGCUCUGUCGGGGCUCCACGGCCUCUUCCUCUGGGACACUCCACAAGGACAUUCCGAGUGGCCCUGCGGCCCCUUCCAGCAGUGGUUGCUCUGCUUUUUUCCCUCUGACCUCUUCCAAAGUGUUCCCACGAUGUUCCUCAGGUAUGGUGAUCAGCAGGAUGGGGCAUGAGCCCGGAGUUGCUUUACACACACACACACACACACACACACACACAGCGACACUCAGAAAAAUGAUUGUAGCAAGUGCUGUUUGUCUUCUGAUUCUCACAGGGAUUGCCCUUCAGAAAUCUAUAUUUUGCCUACUGCAUAGGGUCAUUAGAAGACAUUUGGGAGCCUUGCAUAGCCUUGUUUAAAAGCCAACCUCCAUCUCCUACUAAGAAAAAGUGGCAGGACUAUGACUGUAAUGUGUUCAAGAGCUGGGGGAAGGCUCAGCCUGUAGGUUUUCAAGUCGUCUCUGUAAGGAGACAGAGAGAACUGGCCAAAGAGUUGUGGUUUGUGCUGAAAGUACAAGCCCACAGCCAUGGCUCUAGAGCCACUGCCUCCCAGCAUCGUAAUGCUCAGGAUGCACACUGCCUUGUCACCUAGGGCCGGGCUACAGAAAGGCCUGGGCUUCUCAGUGGUGCCGGAGGAAGAAAAGCAGAGUGUCUCUUCCUGCCUUGGUGCACACGAGAUGCUCGGACACAGCACUGCCAAGCAGGGCUGGAAGUUCAGCUCUGCAGUCAGCCUUGACAGCAUGCAAUCAGGCAUGCCAGUGACAGCAUGGCCUUGUCCAGACUGCUGAGCUCUACCCAAGUGGCACUGUUGUGACCCUGUCCCCAGCACCUCCGCCUGGCAUCACUUUGCUGUCAAAAUUCUGAAUGCCAGUGUCCUUAAGGAACCAGACAGAUCAAGAUGUGCCCCACCAAAGAUCCUAUGUUCCUGAAAGCUCUUUCAAAGCUCUCUCCCCAUAGACCCACUUGUUCCUCAGUGGUACCAAGGUGACACAAUGGCCUUGGAAGGUGAAAGGAGUCACACGUGUAGCUUUUCACAUGAAGCUUAUGAAGAGCCAGUGGCAUCCUAGGCCAUGACAUUACUCAGUUUAGCCUUAGAAGGCAGCACACAGGGAGGGAAAGUGUCAUUUCUCAAGGCUGCAUCUUGUCUGGUCAUAAAAUAUCUCAAAUCCCAUCUGCCGUUAUCCCCUAAGCAUUCCAGUUUGCUAUUCUUCAAGCAUACUUCUUAACCUCUGCUUAAAUUAGGACCUGCUACUCUUGAGGGAGGCUGGGGACCCUGAGGGCCCCAACGUCCAGCUCCAGGGGCAUCCUGCCCCUGGGACUUUCUAUUGGUUCUCUAGGGACUUGAGCACCCUGACUUCCAGUAUGGGGGCCUUGUGCUUCCUUCUGGCGCUGCCCAACAGGCAUUAUCUGGAUCUCACAGGCAAAGGUUCAGGGAGAGAUGAGGCUUCAGGAGAGCACUCAGGAUAAAACAGAUUAGGAAAGGACUGGAGUUCCGACCCUGCUCUGGGAAUCUGCUCACCUCAGGUUGUAGGGCCUGCACAUGAAUUACUAUAGGUGACAGUUAAAGUACCACAUGUAUGGCUGUAUCUGCUUUUAUUCUCCAUUUAACAAUAUUAAGGAGUUUUUGGUAAAAUUGUUGUCUGUGAAAAAAAUGUUUUUAAAAUGAGCUGAGCCUUUUUUUCCUUCCCUUUUUAUGACAUGCAAUUGGGCAUAGGCUGACUUAUGCUGACUGCCCUUGUCAGAGUCUGAUCCUGGGCACCUGUGCAAGGACGCAACCCUCAGAUAUCACUGACCUGUAUAAGCCUGGUGGCUGAAGUUAGAGAAGGUGACUGAAUAUUAGACCGAACAUCUAGACUUCAGAAAAAUUGUGUGGUGAGACAGAGAUCUCUGUGGGGUUUUGUCAUCUUUUUUAGAAAUAUGUUGCGCCUUUUUCUAGUAAGUGCUGGUUACUUGAUCUCCACCAAACUCUUUAUUUCGGACAUGAUUCAGGGAAGCUCCAUUUGCCAGCAGAUGUCCUGACAGGCCGUUUGGAAGGCAGGAGGUCCUGCCCUGUCACUUGGCUGCCUAUGGACCAUGGUCUUCCCAUGAUGGCACAAGGGUUGAGGCUAUGAACUAAGAUGGGCAACAGGAACUCAUUCUUGUUGGAGCAGCACUGACUCCAGCACUGUGUGGUGCCAUCCCACAGCCCCAGGAAGGCUUCCUUCACUGGGGAUGACGUGGUGGCCCAAGGGAGACAGUGGCAGCCACUGGGUGGUUAAGCUGUGGUCUUGUACACAACCAGGGCAGCCACUUGGCUACAGUGAUACAGUAUGCUGUGAUGCUGAUGAGACUAUGGUGUGGCCCUGAUAGUUAAGAGCUUUGCCCACUUUGGCAGCCUUCCAGCCAACUUUCAGAAAUAUAUUCCUUGUUUUGAUUCCUUAGCUGAUUCCUGGGGCCUGUUUUACUCUAGGCUUCUCAGAGCCUCUAUGCUGCUGCUGGUCACACACCAAUCUCUUUCUGGAAGCUUCCUCCUUCAGAAGUGGGGCUACUUAGACAAGGGCCAAAGACACUCCACCCUACUCCAGCAGUCUGGAUCUUCCAAAUCAGUUGGGAAGUGAAAGCAGGAAGCUAACCAUUCAGCUUGUUAAAAUCGAUGUGAGGACUAUGAGAACUCUAAGAAUAGUUAGAGAUAGAUCCUUAUUUCCCUUGGGUAUGCCAACUCCCAACUACCAUAUAUGCACUCUGGGACAUUUUUAGGACUCUGGUGGACAUAUACGUUGCCAGUCACUUGAUUGACAGAUUGUACUACGUUUGCAAUAAAGAUGUUUAGCCUUAAGACUCCUGAAUGGACCCCAGUUGUGAGGGAGCUGCAUUGUCCCCCAUUAUGGAUGGUUCCUUAAUGAGGGGAUACACUGCAGGUCACUACAGCCCCUGGACAACCCUUCCUGUGCCACUAAGUCACUGUCAUUGCUUCCUGCACUGCCUUCUCACUUGCUUCUGUAAACAUGACCUUCACCAGCUCCUGUGCCCUCCACCUGGAGGAUACCACAAAGUCCUCCAGGCGUUGACUGCAAGCAUCAGAGAAUGUACCCCUUCCUCACCAAAGGCACUGCUGUUGAGAACUUUGUUUCCACUUCCCACAGUUCAUAAGAAUCAAUGUGAAUUUACCUGCAGCUGAAGUUAGUUUCAAAUGAAGCUCCCUUUUCAUGCGAGCAUAUCAGACUGUUUUGGAACCUCUAAGACUGGACUUGCAAGUGCCAGGCCCUGGGUUGCCCUCUCUGCCUGCCAUUCAAAUCUUCUUAGAACCAUUCUUUCUUUACCUGUGACUUCUGAGUCAUCCUCACAGCUCUUGUAUCAGGAGAUGAACUGCAUUUAUGUCAAGGAUGCGAUGCGCCUGAUAAAUACAUUCUCUUCAGACCCUGGAUCUGCAUCUAUGGCAGGUUGGUCCAUAUCCAGCAUUGCAUUGCCAGAACUUCUUCCCAUGAUCAGUUCAGUAUUCUGACCUUCUCCUUAUGUUAUUGGUCUUUCCAUUAAGUCCUGCCAAACCCUUUACUGAGUUUUCCUUUUUCCCUUGCAUCUGUCACUUUGUCCAAAUGAGCAUGAAUAAACAGAAGUGUGACUGAGGUGAUACUUUUGUGGUCAGUGGAGGCUGCUGACAGGAACUCUGCUGUAGCCUGCUGCUGGGGAUAUAAAGAGAACCCUGAGGGCCCCUCCAUCAAUUGAUAUUCCCUUCUCAAUAUUUUUAAACAAGCACAAAUGAUAUUUGUAAAAAAGAGUUUAUUUAUUAUGGUAAUAAACUAUUUUAUACAUGA